UGUUUUUUUGGGGGUAUGAUUAUCAACGAUAUGCAAAUACAGUGCUUGAAACGGCACGCCACCCAGACAAACAGCUUCUUCCAGGUCUAUCUAGCGUUGCAUUUCACGCAAUACAUUCAGGUAUUUAAUCAACAGAUUCAAUCAGAGUGCUGCAUGACUCUUAAAACUGAUACGAGAAGCAUUAUACAGCAGUUAGAUAACAGAUUUUUAAAUUGUGGGGAAUAACGAAGUGACUAAAGAUAACAGAACAUCUGCUGAGCGCAGGUGAGUGUCUAUAUCUAGAGACUCACUUAUCAAAUUGUGAUUUCUUAUUCGAUACUAACCUGUGAUACAUGCCCUGAGUACAGCGCGUUUGACUCAGUCACAUGGGGUGAUAAUAAGUGAAGUCACAUGAGGUAAUAAUAACGCAGCCCGGAGUGACACCCUUCAUCGCUCUGCUCAGGGCUGAUUUAAGAACAGCAACGCCAACGCUUGACACUGACGGUAGAAAUCAAACAAACCGGUUUCCAGUUAUUGCUUGCACAAAACCAAAAGCCCGGGGUCAUUUGGAUGUUUUUCAAGUUUCGGUCCGACCGCACAGGCUAGUAAACCGGAUUUGCUUUGUCUGACAGUCCUGCAGUACAGCGACAGAAGAGAGGACCGCACGUCGGAUUGCACGCAGCACCUCGCAGGACUGAGCGGCUGGAGGACUUAAACCAAAUUAAUAAGAACCUCUACAGAGAAACCCACCACUCCUUUCAAGUCAAUAAGAACCUCUACAGAGAAACCCUAAGAAUGGGGUUUGGAAACUCGGGGGAGCCCCAGGUGGAGCAGCGUAAGCAUGUGGAGGUCUGCUCUGGACCGUGCCAUGCUGAACUGAUCCUGCAGACCCUGAACAUCUACCGGCAAAGUGGACUCUUCACUGACGUGGUCCUCCUGGCCGGCACGGAGGAGUUCCCCUGCCACCGGGCCACUCUGUCAGCCAACAGUGCUUACUUCCGAGCCAUGUUCCAUUGCAGCUUGAAGGAGAGCAGGCAGGACAUGGUGAAGAUCCAGGGCAUCUCUCCCUGCACCAUGGAGACCCUGCUGAACUUCAUGUACGAGGGCAAAGCGGACAUCCAGGAGGAGAGCGUGGAGAAGCUUUUCCAGGCGUCUGAUCUGCUUCAGGUCACCGUGCUCCGUGAUGCCUGCGUGGAGUUUCUGGAGAAGCGCAUCGAUCAUUCCAACUGCCUGGGCAUCCUGGGCUUCGCCAGGUCUUUCUUCAUCCAGUCCCUGAGCGAGCAGUGCCAGGCCCUCCUCUUCAGGGACUUUGCAGAGGUGUGCCAGCACGAAGAGUUCCUGCUGCUGUCCCAGGAGGAGCUGGCUGCCUUCCUGUCCAGCGAGCAGCUGGCGGUCGAGCGGGAGGAGAUAGUCCUGGAGGCCGUCCUGAAGUGGGUGCACCACGACGUCCCCUGCAGGAAGGGAGCUCUGAAGGAGCUGCUCGGGCUAGUCAGGCUCCCGCUGCUGGACCCUGUCUAUUUUUUUAAUAAGGUGGAAACAGACGACAUCAUCCAGGACUCCCAAGAGUGUCGGCCGUUGCUUCUCGAAGCCAGGAAGUAUCAUGUGUUAGGGAACGAAGUGACGUCUCCAAGAACGCGCCCAAGAAGUUUUACAGGGCUGUCUGAGGUUAUCGCAGUGAUUGGAGGCUGUGAUAAGAAGGGCUUCACACAGCUCUCGUUUACUGAGAAGUACAACCCCAAAACUACAGAGUGGGUCUGCGCUGCCAGCAUCCCUGGAUACUCCAAGUCAGAGUUUGCUGCUUGCACCCUUCAGAAUGACAUUUACAUCUCAGGUGGCCACUACAAUAGCAGUGACGUGUGGAGGUAUUUCUCUCAGCUGGACAUCUGGGUUAGGGUGGCCUCCCUAAUCAAAGGCAGAUGGAGACACAAGAUGGCUGCGCUUCAGGGCAGGCUGUAUGCUGUUGGUGGGUUUGACGGCAUGGACCGAAUGGGCAGUGUUGAGCGCUACAGCUCCUUCUCCAAUGAGUGGCUGCCUGUCGCACCUCUUUUGGAGGCGGUGAGUUCAGCUGCGCUUGUGUCCUGUGGAGAGAUGCUCUACCUGAUCGGAGGAGCAGUGAAUGACUUCUCCAACACAAACAAGGUGCAGUGCUACGAUCCCAUGGAAAACCAGUGGGCCUAUGUGAGCCCUGCUCCUUUUACUCUACGCUGCAUAAAUGCGGUUUCCUUUAAUGGCACCAUAUACGUGAUGGGUGGACUCAUGGAUAAGAUCUACAGUUACAGCCCAAAGAUGGACGUAUGGAGUGAAGUUGCAACGUUGCCUGUAUCGGUGGAGAGCUGCGGUGUGACUGUGUGCAAUGCCAGGAUUUACAUCCUCGGAGGGAGAGACAAGAGCGGCAUCGGCAUAGACCGGGUCCACAGCCUUGACCCUUCCACGGGAGAGCUCACCGAAGAGCCACCGAUGUCACGCUGUGUGAGUUACCACGGCUGUGUCACCAUCACCCAACACAUCAGGAGGUGAACUGCACCUGACUGCAGAGACAUACACUACACUUACAUAUACACCCGUCCCAUCUGAGAAUACCACACUAUACACCCGUCCCGUCUGAGAAUACCACACUAUACACC